AUGGAUAUCGUUUGGGUGGUGAUCCUGCUGAACGGGUGGCUGUUCAUCAAGGGCUCGUCUGUGGCCAUGUUGCAGCACGCCACGUCCUCGCAGAGCAUCGUGUUCCACCAGGCGCAGCCGGCGCUGCCCGCCACUACCACCCCUAUAUCUUCUUUAGACCAGUACAGCAGAACUCAACCAAAAUACGAGUAUAAGUAUGAGGUGUCAGACCACCAAACGGGCGACAGAAAGAGCCACUGGGAGCGACGCGAAGGAGACAAAGUGCGUGGUGCGUACUCCCUGUAUGAGCCUGAUGGCGCGCUACGCACCGUUGAGUACACCGCGGACGCGGUCCACGGAUUUAACGCAGUUGUGCGUCGUGACGAGCCACACCAGCAGACCAAGCUGCAGCACCCUCGUCUGCCAGAAUCCCGCAGCCGAGCCCUGGCCAGCAGAGACUACCUCGAUAGCCCACAGUACCUACCCGACAAGACACCGCCAACCAGCCCGCGAUACGGGCCCAGCAGCAGUGCCAACUCUAACGUGGGCUUCAGUGUCAACCAUGUCCCUGGUCUACAAGGCCCUGAUGAUAAUUAUAAUUAUUAGAGCGAAGACAACUAAGCACAACUUAACAGCG